UUGAUGUCUCCUCCGUCUUAGAUGCACCGAGCCGAGCCGAAACCACCGAGAUCCACCGGGCCGGUGGCCACGUGACUAAGGCAGCGCGGCACCAUGCCUGCGGCAGAGCGGGUCCUCCUCCGCUCGGUGACCAUGUGGCUGCUCCUGCAAAGCCUCCUCCUCCUCGCCUCCUGCCUUCGCUCGGCCGCUGCAUUCCCCAAGGGCUGCUACCCCUCGGAAGAGGAGGGGCUGAAGACCUUCCGCUGCAGCAAUGCUCGGCUGACCGAGGUCCCCAGGGACAUACCCAAUGACACCAAUAAGCUCUACCUGGACUCCAACCGAAUCCCCUUCCUGCCCCGCGACGCCUUCCGGGAUCUGCCGCUCCUUCUGGAGCUGGAUCUGUCCCACAACGCCAUCGCCAACGUCGAGAGCGGGGCUUUCCGGGGCCUGGCAGAGCACCUGCACUCUCUGGACUUGUCUUCCAACAGGCUGGUGUCAGUCAGCAAAGACGCCUUUAGCAACCUGAAGGCCAAAGUCAACCUCUCCGACAACCCCUGGCUGUGUGACUGUCGGCUGCAGGAGCUGAUCCGCACGGUGGACCUGGUGGCCGGCUCCUCGGGUGGCAUCGUGUGUGACUCCUCCGUGCAGGAGGAGCAUGUUGGCAAAGCUUUCCUGCAGGUGAUUGCCGACACGGACUUCUGCAACGUGUACAAAAAGACCACGGACAUCGCCAUGCUGGUCACCAUGUUCGGCUGGUUCGCCAUGGUGAUCUCCUACCUGGUCUACUACGUGCGGCAGAACCAGGAGGACGCCCGGCGGCACCUGGAGUAUCUCAAGUCCCUGCCCAGCAAGCAGCGGAGGUCGGAGGAGUCGUCCACCAUCAGCACCGUGGUGUGAGGCACCGGCAUCCCGCAGGACACGGGGACCCGCGGAGCUGCGGAUCGGCCACUCCGCAGGCUUGCCAUGGCUGCAGGAGCUAUCACGAGCCACCGUCAUUGCAGAGAAAGAGUCACAGAUUUGUUCUGUUCUCUCCAAGGAAGCGGGGUCUGGCAGCAGGAGCCAUGGCCGGCGAGUGCCUGGCUCUGGCACAGUGAGGGGCGAAGUGGCUGCGGCCAGGGGCGGUUAUCGGCAACAAGCACAGAGCAGCCGUGGCGUCUGCCCGCUGCCUCUGAGUUACAAAGGACCGGAGAGACCCCGAGCAUCCCCCCGGCAUGCGGCCGUUGCUCCGACCGGCCUGGACAUUCAGACUUCAUUUAAAACUUUUAUAUUUCCUUUGCAGAGAUCCCUUUGGGGCAUUAAGGAAAUCAAUGUUUUAAUCCCUCCCUGGUUUACCCUCGGCUGCCCGAGGGAUGUUCCCGGCAGUGCAGGGCAGCCUGGGCCUGGCUCCCUGCCUGGAUGGGCAGCGGGCAGGGCUGGGCUGCGGGGAGGAGCGGUACGGCCACAAGGCCAGUGCCCUGCCGGGUCACCGACCCCGGGACGGUCACGAGCUGUGACCGCAGCCCGGCGGGACCAAAGGACAGGGCGGGAGGUGGGGACGCAUCGGUUGGGAAAGGCAAGAGGCAGGUCCAGGGGUGCCCAGCUCCGGCUCUCGUGCCGGACGGUGCCGCCCCAUCUCCCGUCUCAGCCCCUGCUGCUUCCCGCUCCUUUCCCGGCACCCCCAGGCCAGGUGGAGUGAGGGGUGCGGGGGAUCCCGCUUGGAGAUGGGGUGGCUGGUGGGCAAACCCGGCACCUUCCCCCUCGGAGCACACCGUUCCUAUAAAAAGCAAAUGGGGAAUAAGAAGCAAAUGGGAAAUGAGCUCCUCUGGGUCUGAGCCCUCCGGGGUCCCCAAGGGAUGUGGGUGCUGCUGGAGGGGAACCGCGGGGUCCAGGCGGUGGGUCCAGCCCUGCCGGGAUGUCGGGGGGAGCCGGUUUCCCCUUGGUGCUCCCCGGGGACCACGUAGGUGGGUGUUUGCAGCAGGGUAGCACCCCUCCCCAGCCUGCUCCGAUCUGCCGCCAGAGCAGAGCUCCCAUCUCUCACUCAAGGACUCACAAACUGCCGACCGGUCACUGUGACGGAAAGCGGGGAUGGAGGGAGCCACUGUGGCUCCUCCACCCUCUCCCCACUCCCGCGCUGCUGGCAGGAGCCUGAAUCUCCCCUAAAAUGCCCCAAAGUCCCUUCUUGACACUUCCAGCAUUGGGCUGC